UUGGCCACUUGAUUUGAUCUUGACAUGGAAUAGCCAACCAAGUUUGUAACCAUCUCCAUGUAUCGCUCUGCCAACCUCUUCUUAGAACAGCCUUUCAUGAAAUAUUUGAUAUCUUUUUCAUAAAUAGCAUUCUGAGAAACUCUGAUAAGAAGCUAAUUUCUCACCUUCUUCUCACAAACGAAGUGAUCAAAGCUCAAAUUGAGAUAUAUUAAAGAUGAAGCUGCUAGGUUGGAUGCAUCGUAAGUUUCGCCAGAAUAGCAACGAACCACUUAAAGAUUUUGUCAUCGGGAAUUCUUGUGCUUGUCUUUCAGGGCAGCCAUCACUUGAUGACCAACAGUACUACCCAAAACCAAAUUAUGGCUCUAAACCCUUCAAACAAACCCAGAGGGACCAAAAUCUUCGAAAAUCCUUCACUGGCCUAGAAGCAGUGAGGGUAGAAGAAGAAGACUAUGAAGAGGAAUCAUCAGCUGAAAUGUCUGAGCUCUUCCAUGGCUUUCUUGCUAUUGGUACUCUUGGCUCAGAACAAGUAAUGGCAGAUCCAUCAACGCCAACCUUUGCCAUAUCAGUUGAAAAUAUAACUGAAAAAGAAACUGAGGUUACUGAGAACGAAUUGAAGCUCAUCAAUGAUGAGUUGGAGAAAGUGCUUGGAGCUGAAGCUAAGGAUGAUUGUUGCAAUGAAUCAUCUGGAAGGAACAGUCAUGUUAGCACUGGAAGAAGUAGUCAUGGUAGCAUCAUUACUCUUAGUGGAAAGCCACUAGAAGGCUCAGACAAUAACGGAAAUGGAACCACAGUCUGCCCACUCCAGGGAUAUCUAUUUGGGUCUGCAAUUGAAUUGUCUGAAACAACAGCAGUGGCAAAGAAGGAACAUAGGACGUCUCUUGGUGAGCUGUUUCAGAGGAGCAAAUUAACAGAAGAAAAUGGCGGUGGGAAAAGUGAGCGGGAAGAGAAGCGACCAGACAAAGAAGCAGAAAAAUCUGCUAUGCAUCUGAUGAAAAAGAAGCUGAAGAAAAGAAUACUCAAUGCUGCUUCUCGUGGCUCAGCGGCAGCUGCUGGUGGACCUGUUGAUUCUGCUUCAGCAGAAACAAAACUGCACAAGAUCCUUCAAAUGUUCCACAGGAAAGUUCAUCCGGAAAACUCUAAAGUUGCACAGAAGUCUGGGAAAGCUCAAAAGAAUGAAAAACAAAAGAAAAUUCCCCAUGAGGGCAGUGGCAACAAUAUUGGAGAUCAGGUCCUCCAAGAUGAAGACAUCAUCUUAUGUCCUCAACGAGCUCUUCUAAAGCAGAAUAUACGACGCUACAAGAGCCAAUCUAACCCACCCCAAUUCAUGCUUAGCAGCAUUGAUUCAAAUGGGAACAGAGAACACUGGAUCAAAACAGAUGCAGAGUACCUAGUGUUGGAGCUGUGAAAAAGCAGAGAAGCAAGUUGGUUGGGUUUGAAAUGCAAGCUUGAAUGAGUAACAAGUAAAAGUAAUAUUGUGUUUGUAAGAUUUUCCUUAAAUGGCUAAUAUUAUUGGCGAUUAGUAUGCAGAGUUGUGGUUGUCAAAGAGCUAAAAUGUGGUCCAUUUGGAAGAAUAAAUAGAAAGAGGUACUCCUCUUCCUAAGCUAUACCUGUGACUGUGAGUGGUUGGUUUAUAUGUAAAUGCAAGGGUUUACAUCCCAUGCAGUACUGAAAGCUUUAUUUCUAUGGA